AUGCCUGAACUGGACUAUAUUCCCCCCCUGAGGGGACCUAGCGACCCUGAAAUUGGCCUCCACGGUCCUGCCGACCCAAUUCAGAUUCAGCACGGCAUCCUAGAGGAACAAGUGGAGCUGUGGUGGUUUAGAGAACCCGGAAAGUCUCUGCUGUGCUACUCCAUCGCCGUAUUUCUCAUCCUAGGCUGUGGGCUUGGAGGUGUCGGCCUCCUCUCCACUACCACCAGUGUUUCAAGCGAAUGGCGGCUGGGUGCGGGCACAGCCCUUUGCCUGCUGGCCUUGGGGGUUCUGCUCAAACAGCUGCUGAGUUCCGCCGUGCAGGACAUGAAUUGCAUUCGAAGCCGACAACAGAUUGACUUGCUCAAAAGUGGAGGAUUAUCUGAUUUCCUUGUGAUUUUGAUUGCUGGGGUGUCCUUGCUCAUUUGUGGAGGAGUUCUUCUGCAUCUAUCCCUGGUGAACCAUAUGCCCAAACCAGGUCAAGCACUUAAUGACAUGUACAUCUCUGGGGUGGUGAUGCUGACUGGAGGAGGGGCUGCAGUUCUGGGCAUUGCAAUAUACUCUCUUGUGGUGGUCCUACUUGAAAGGACGCGGCAUGGACCAAGGUAUGUGGACAGGAUUCUGAACAUCUUCACCAUCUCUGGACACAUGGACCACCAAGCUCAUAGAGAAACGACCUCCAGUCUGGCUAACCUCAUAUGA